AUGCCGAAAUCAUGUCCCGCAUCGCGCCGGCCAGCUCGGGCUCCUGUGCCACGCUCAUCCUCCUCGACGCUACAACCUCGGUCGCAUACGUCGCUUGCGUGGGAGACCCCCGUCGAUGUCGAGUCCGGCCGCCUGCUGAACUGCGCCAUGACACGCAGCUUUGGCGACAACAGGUGGAAGUGGUCACUCGAGGCACUGAACAGAUGGCAAAGCGCCUACUUUGGGCGCAACUGCGUGUCGGACUACCACUCGCCGCCGUACAUCACGGCUCGGCCGGUCGUCACGAGCACGGAGACGAGACUCGGCGACUUUGUCAUUCUGGCCAGUGACGGUUUCCGAAAUCACAUGGCCUCGAGCGAAGAUGCAGUUCACUGCGCUGCUAUGUGGAUCGACGCACAAUCCGGCCAAGGGGGAGGGGAGGGCGAGGACGCGGUCACCAGUCAACCCAGCAAACCGCAACCACCAGCAGCACCGCCGUCUUUGGUUGGCGAGCAUCAGAAAGAGAAACCCGUCGACACCGGAAACCGAGAUGGUGCGCACUCGCCUGCUGGGUUUCUCUAUAACUGGACCGUACAACGCGACCAUUUUGUGGUCGAGGAGGACAACAUCGCCACGCACUUGGUAAAUAACGCAUUUGGGGGAACCAGAAGGAUCUGUUCUGCAGCGUCCUGA